AUGAAAUAUAAUCAUUUACUAAAUUCAAUUUCAUUAAUUAAACAAUCUCAUAAAUUUUUCAAUAAAUCUUUCAGCAUGUCACAUUCAUUGUAUUCAUCAAUUAAAGAAAUUCAAAAAGAUAUGUAUUUUGGUACAGAAGUAUUAAAUAGAGUAUCAUUUUUAAGAGAAGAUAAUGAAUUUAUAUCACAAUCAUUAUUUCAUCCACUGACAAGAUUUAUAUUUUUUAAUAAACAAAAUCCAUUAGUACAUAAAAAUUAUUCAAAUAAAAUAACUAUAAUAACAAAUGGAGAUAAUCAAAUUAAUGUUGAAUCUUUGGAGGAUUUAAAUGGUAAAAGAUUGGGAUACAAAGGAAAUCAACAAUUUAUAUCAGGUGGAUUAAUAAAUAAUAUACCUAAUUGGGAAACAAUAUUAACAAAAUGGUGUAAUGAUAAUAAGAACCAAUCAUCAACUUUAAGAUCAGAUACAAAUCCUGUUUUUUUAUUUUUGGGAUUAUUAGAUGAAUCAAUUGGUUUAGAUAUAAAUACUUUAAAAUCCAAUUGUGAACAAAAUGGAGAUGAAAAAUAUUUAGAUCAUCAAGGUAGAUAUCAAGGAAUAGCAUAUUAUGCAGUAGAUAUAAGUCGAAAUAAAGAAUUAUGUAAAAAUUUAGUUCAUUAUGUUAAUGAUACAAUUAACCAAAAGGAAUCUACAACAAAAACACCAGAAGAAAAUGGGAUAUUUUUCACUCAUUCAAGAAAACAUUUUUUAAAUUUUAAUCAUUAUGAAGCUUCAUUAUUUUCUCAAGGUGCUAUGUUUUUCCAUUGGUUAAAAACUAAUAAAUUUUGUCCUGGUUGUGGGAAACCUACUAUACCAAUUCAUGCUGGGGGGAAAUUAUUAUGUACUAAUGAAGAAACAGUUGAAAUUCCUAAUCCAGAAGACUCAAACAACCCAAUUAUUAAAUCAAUAUGUCCUGUAAAAUCAGCACCUGUAUCAAAUGUAAGUUUCCCAAGAACAGAUAUGGCCAUAAUAUCAAUAAUUACAAAUCGUGAUAGAUCUAAAAUCUUAUUAAGUUUAGGUAGAAGACAUGUUCAUUCCAAAAUGUAUUCAUGUACUGCUGGAUUUAUGGAACCAAGUGAAACUAUAGAAGUUGCAACAAAAAGAGAAAUUUGGGAAGAAACAGGAGUAAAUUGUAAUGAAAUUCAAAUAGUUAUGACUCAACCUUGGCCAUUUCCUCAAAAUUUAAUGAUUGGAUGUAUUGGUAUUGUUGAAUUUAAUGGAGAAAAUGAAAUUAUAAAUUUAAAUCAUGAUAAUGAAUUAUUAGAUGCAAGAUGGUUUGAUACAAGUUUUGUUAGAAAAUUAGUUUAUCCUUCUGGUAUAGUUGGUAGUGAAGAAAAUGGAAUUGAAGAACAUAACAAAGAUGAUGAUGAUUUUAAUCCUGAAGGUAUAAUGAUACCAAUGAGUGAAUCUAUUGCUUUUUCAUUAAUUAAAUUAUGUGUUGAUGAAGAAAAAAAUAAUCAUCAUAAAUUAUGA